UUAAACCUAAAUAUUCCGUGCAGCUAUUACCAAAUUCGGAUUAUACGCAUUAUGAAGCUUUCAUUUUUUGUGGUGUUUUUAUGGUCAAUACCCGCCCUGGUAUGUCCUGCACAAACAACCUUAGACAACCUAUACUUAGGUGUGGGCUACAACAUGGUUAAAGGAAAUCCAGACGGCGGGGAAUGGGCAAAGCUUGGACAAGACCCUGGUUUGCUCCUGACAAGAAACAUACUGGAGACCGAGAUUGACGGAAGUUCAUACAUCAAAAAGACAGCUUACCCACGUUGCACGCAGAUGUCAUCAACUUCCGUUUUUUACGACCCCGAGUCGUACAAGGAGUAUAUCCUCCAUUACAUUUCUACUUCAGACAAUGGAGUGGCUCCAGUAAGCAGUUAUGCUUUCUCUGCUAAUCCACUAUAUCAAGAUAUAAAGCAAAAAACCUUAACACAACAUGACGUUUUCCGAGAUGAAAUAACUUCAUGUACAUCUGAACAUGCUCGAUACGUUCUUCCUGUGGGGCAUGUAGAGCGAAAUUUAGUCACUCAGGAAUUCGCUCGUGAUGUUUGUCAGUUACCAAUGACGUAUGACCAGAGUGCUUAUAAGGCCUUCAUUGACACAUGGGGAACGCACGUCACUAUUGAGGUGGAUCUAGGGGCGCGGAAUGUGACAAGAUAUCGCCUCUCUAUCUCAGAUCUAGAGGAAUACUUACUGAAAUUGGGAAACGACGGUGCUGCUGUAUUGAAGACUGAGCCUUUAUUGGGCUACGGAUCUGUGGUCCAGUUAAACAUGUCACACCUCCACCACAGUGAUUUCCCCAAGCUUCCCCUGGGCUCCAGACUGGCCCAGUUCAGCACAGGGUUCCCCACAAAGGCCCCCAUCUCCUGGGCCAUGAUUCCAAUAUCUGACGUCAUAGCAGAAAAAUACUGGCAAGUGCAGGAUGCUCUUGUUGAUAGUGGGAUCUGUAACGGCAUUAACCUGACUGUCUGGAAGAACAAUAUAGAGAGGGCCUUGAGUGAAUACCCGACGCUCAUUGGUGGAGAGGUUCCACCGUCAUUGGAAAUUAAGCUUCCGGUGACAUGGCCUUCUGGGACCUAUGCACUUUACAUGCCCACUUCCGGUUGUCCGACCGACCCUCUGGGUUUUGUAACCGGAUACGUGACCCAGGAUACAGAAGAUCGAAGUAACAGUAACCAGUGGACAGCAGGAAUUCAUAUGCAAGGGCCCUUAAACCAUGAUGCGAUCACGACGCGAUUUUGUGUUAAACAAACACCCACUGUGAAUGAAUACAACAGAAAAUGGCCAACAGGAAACUACUGUAUUGCAAAGAAAGGCGACUGUCCAUACGGAUUCGGCGCCGGUUAUCUACAUUGGGAUGAUGAGGACGGACGUAACGAGAACCACCACGGUGGUAUCCUUCCGGACGGUGGCUACUCUCAUAACACAGAUAUCUGGUACUGCUGCAGACAAGAUGGCCAUCCUCAAACCAAGAUACUGCUGCCGAUCGACGCGCCGUUCUACCUCCUCCGCUUCACCAGUGAGUGUCAGCAGGUGCUCGGAAUGCAGGUGAGGGAAGAGGUCAUCUUUUUUGAUGAUGAAGAUGGAGCAAAUAAGGACAAGUGCGGAGGGGCUCAUCCAUUUGUCGAUUCCGGUUGCAGUCACGCGAACAUGAGGCUCCACUUCUGCUACUACAGCAUGAAACCAAACCAGACAGCAAUAUCGAUUCCCGGAAUUCUUGGUUGAUUCGAUUGUCACGUGAUAUUAAUAAAAUUCUCUGAUGUCUUUUU